AACCUGGACCCUGUAAACCUGGCGAGGCAUGGCACACACAUGCAGCUCACUCACCUGGCAGUCAAUGGCUUCCUGCUCUUUGGGGUGCUGCACGCCCAUGCCCUGCAGGCUGCGUGGCGACAGCUGCGAGCCUGCCUCCAGGCCUUCGCAAGGGUGGGCUUCCUAAGAGCACUGGAUGCCUGGCGCCUGCAGUCCAGGUCUCACCUCCUGCUCAUCUACUUCACACCCCUGGCCCUGCUGUCUGCCUUUAGCCACCAGGAGGCUCGGUUCCUGAUUCCCCUCCUGGUCCCCCUGGUCCUGCUUUGUAGUCCACAGACCCAGCCUGCACCCUGCAAGGGCACCCUCGCUCUCUUCAAUGCCCUAGGGGCCCUCUUCUUUGGCUGCCUGCACCAGGGCGGCCUCGUGCCUGGCCUGGGGCACCUGGAGCGGGUGGUUCAUGCCCCUGUGCUCCCGCAUGUGUCCACCCGCUACACACUCCUCUUCACCCACACCUACAUGCCCCCCCGGCACCUCCUCCACCUCCCCGGGCUGGGGUCACCAGUGGAGGUGGUGGACAUGGCUGGCAGUGAGGACUGGCUCCUGUGUCAAGCCCUGAACAACUUCACCAGACAACCAGCCUGCCAGGUGGCGGGUGGGCCAUGGCUCUGCCGCCUUUUUGUGGUGACCCCUGGCACCACCAGGCCUGCGGUGAAGAAGUGCAGCUUCCCCCUCAAGAAUGAGGCGCUCAUCUUUCCCCACUUGACCCUGGAAGACCCACCAGCCCUGUCCUCCCUGCUGAGUGGGGCUUGGAGGGAACAUCUGAGCCUUCACAUCCUGGAGCUCGGGGAGCAGCCUGACAAUAUGACAGCAGAUCCACUGGCUGGGACUCAGCCAUAGAAUUCCCACCAUUGCCUCUCCUAUGCACAGCCUCUGACCACUCCGCCUUCUGGGGAAACUGAUACCCCAUUUCCCUCAAAGACCAAAGAGAGGACCAGUCACAGUCCUGAUGCCAAGGGCCCCAAAGAACCUGGUAUAAUCAAUAAUGCCAAAUGUCUGUUCCUGCCCUACCCCUUCCAGUCACUGUGAUGUUGAAAUACGUAAAUAGCACCUGGUUGUGAAAGGAGACAGCAAUCUCCUAAUGACGUCCUGAAUGACUUCUCCCAGCCCCCCUAGGAUGCCUUAGCUCUUGCUGUCAUGACAGCCCUUUGGCCUCUUUCUCCUGGAAGGAGGCAGCAUGGUGAUGUAAAGAGCGGCGGACCUGGUUGCAGGCCCUGGUCUGCUCUUGCUGGCUACAUGGUAAGACAGCCCCUUCCCCUCACCCAGCCUCAGUUUUCAUCUCUACAGUGGAUCAGAGGGUCUUUGAGGUGUCUGCCCCCCAACACUGUGUUGUUCCUGGGCCUGCAGCGCACAUCCCCUGGCUAGAUGGGCAUGUCUCUCCCAAAGCUCUAAGCAGAGAAGUGGGUGUGGUGUAUCUAACUGCACUUCGGUGCCUGCUGUCUCAGUACUUAUUACCAAAAUGAGUAGUUCUGGAACGCCCCUGGCCGCCCACUCCUGCAACUCUCUUCUUACUCGUGUCCCAGAAAGAGGUGGUAGGACAUUUCUGUAUCUCCUUUGGGGAUCAGGGAGCCCAGAUGUUCUCCCUCCUGGGUCGGCCCCAGUGGGAAUGAAGACAUAAGGCUCAGUAUCUGGUGGUGCUUGAGCACAAAACCUUAAACGUGGUCUGGUCCCUCUCCAAGCCCCCAGCCCCUGUCUGAAGCCCCUUCACAGGACGGAGAGCGAAGUCCAUACCAAAUCCACGCCUGCUGCCUGGUAGAAGCCAUCACACCUGGGCACAUCGCUCCCCAAAACACAGCCCGCUGGGAAUGUGAGAAGUGGUGGCACUAAGCUUGUUCUCGUUCUCCCGCCAUCUCAUGAGAACAAGAGGCAACCAGGCCGAGAGGAGGACGCUGGAGGAGCACAGGCAGGAGACACACUUGUGCAAGUGACCAAACCUGAGUGCUUUUCUAAGUCUGCCUUUUGCUAGCUAAAGUCUUGGGUCAUCUUAAAGGCCCUCCUAGGCGGGCUGCUCUGCAGCUACUGCUAGGGUUCUAGUGCCACACCUUCCUUGGGACUCCAAGGGAAAGAAAGUCAGUGCCAUGCUGGUCAGUGUUCUCUGGGGGCAAAACAGCCCUGAUCUGCAGCGUUUGUGAUUUCUGUGGUGUAACACGCUCACCAUGGCCAAUUGUUAACUACUAAAAUGAUGUUACUGAACUAAGCUGGGAGGAGACGCCAAGGACCACACUUGUGGAUAUUUCCCUCUUUAGUACCCGUUCAGGAUAAUUCAUUGUUCUUGUGGUUCACGUUUCUGCUAGCAACUUCGGAUUUGUCUCACCUGUAGUGCUUAGCAUCAUCUCUGGCACCUGAUAAGCACUUGUUUACUUUGCAGCCAAAGAAGGCCUUUCUGCCCAACAUUUAAAAGCCAAGUGCAACCUGGAGAUCCCCCAGACUCUGUUUCAAAUUCCUCUGGGCUUCUUGGGACUUCUGUCUCUUCCCUCCCCCAGUUGGGUUCACGACCUCAGAAUUCCCUGGAGGUGCUGUUGGUGUAACAGCUCUUCCAGAUUGUAGUGGUCUGAGCUCUAACAAAUUUGUCUGUAAAGUGUUGGUAUCGAGACUUGUGUGGCAUCAAGGGGUGAUUAGGAACUGCCCUGCAGGAUAGUGGAAUGAGUUGCUUCCCUGCUUCAUUUUCUGGCAAAGGUUAGAAGAGCCUGGAAGGCAUGCUGGGAGAUGGUUGCCAUGGGGAAUGGUGGGAAGAAUUUGGUUUCUUUAGUAAUAGGGUAACUGGUGGGAUGACAAGCCGCUGACUACAGACACUGGACGCUUCUCUAACGAAGAGGGGAGGCAUCCAAACCCGAUGGAGCAAAAAGGACCCAGUUUUCUUUCUGCUCUGACUCCUACCAAAAUGGAGGGAACUUGGUUCCUACACUCUUCUUCCACAAAAAGUAAACAACUGUUCCUUCUCUUGCCUGCCUUCCUUUCCUACAAAAUGGCCAGUUUGCCCAGAAGCGUCAUUGGUCCCUGCACUCUUCUUUUUGUCUCUGCCGGUCAAGACCCAGCUGCGAGUGUGCUUGUUUAUGUUGAGGGCUGGGGUUGGGCUGAGGACUGCUAACAUUCUGUUGCUCUUAUACCCAGAUCCAGAGAAUAGUGAGUGGGACUGCCUGAUGAGGCACACAAGGCAAUAGAAUGAACAAGCUCCCUGGGCUCCUUGCUGACAAGCUCAAAGGAGAAUCCAGUGAGUUGCCUCUGGUCUGGGGGAGGGAGCACAGGAGGUGGGAUGCCAAGCUAGAAGUUGGGUCCUUAGGAGAGUGGGACACUGACCUCAGAGAGGAUUAGACAGAAGCACCUGUGAUGGGAAGACUGGAGGGUGGUGUGUCAAAUCAGAACUCUGACCAUUAGGAAAAUGGAGAACAAGCUGCUCUCGUUUCUCUGUGAUCAGGGUAGUUAGUUCUCUGGCCCUCUCUACCUCCCUCUAUGCCCAUCAGAAAAACCAAAGUAAAAAUUGUUUGGUUGCCAGCCUAAAAGCUUCUCCUGAGGCUUAGAGCUUUCUCCCUUGCAUGAUUAACUGUGUAGCCAGAUUAGAGAUAAUCAGCAUAUACAAUGGACUUGUUAGUCAUGGGUCUGUUAGCUGGAGCAUAGUCUUUAGAAUAUAUCUAGACUCUCUUAAGGACUAGGAAUCCAGGUAGCUUUUCCAUGGUAGGCAGUUGUCUGUCCUAAUGCCCUGGUGAUGGUGGUAGCGGUGGCAGGGAAGGCAAGCACUGAAAGUCAGGCUAAAUGCCUUGGAGAGCUGUGAUUAGGGUCUUGGGCUGUAUUCAUAAGUCUCUUCUGUGUACAACUUAAGGAGCCUGCAAUUCCUCAUGUUAAAGUGGCUGUUAAGGGGUGGGAUAACUCACAGAGAAUGCAAUUAGCAAGUGCCAGUACAGAUUAUGUACUCAAUAUGUGUUAACAAGUAUUACCUGGGCCCAUGGUCCCCAAGAAUCCUAAUCCACUUUGCCAGAGAAGUACCACACUCAUUCUGAAACCAUGGGUAAUGAGUCAAAUCCAUUUCACCUGCCUUCACUAAUCGAGUUUUUUUUUUUUUUUUUUUUUUUGCUUUUUAGGGCCACACCUGUGGCACAUGGAGGUUCUCAGGCUAGGGGUCGAAUUGGAGCUACAGCUGCUGGCCUACACCACAGCCACAGCAGGAUCUGAGCCAUGUCUACAACCUACACCACAACUCAUACCAACACCAGAUCCUUAACCCACUGAGUGAGGCCAGGGAACCAUGCAACCUCAUGGUUCCUAGGCAGAUUUCGUUUCUGCUGCACCACAAUGGGAACUCAAGGUCGUUUUAAGACUUGCAUCUCCUUCACGUAGCAGAAGCCUACCUGAACAAGAUGUUUGACAGAGUUUUUUUUUCCAGGAGCUUGUAGUCGGCUAUGUCUAGUUAAAGCUGAGCUGGUUAAGGCUGGAUACGACCAAGUAGACAUGCUCCUGACCUUCUGACAUCAAGAGAGUGGGAAAACUCUACCCUCACUUGGUGCUAAGAGCCUCCAUUUUUCAACAUGUAGACACUGGCAGCUUAGCUACACUUAUGAAGGACUACAAUUACCACACCUUUGGCCAACUGCCUUUCCCCUACAUUCCCCAGGCCACGCCUCUUCUUUAUCCCAGGCCCCUUGCUUUGGGGAAGAUGGAUCUGAGGUUAGCUCUCCCCCUCCUCCCUUGGCUACCUUGGAAUUAAACCCCGUUUUUGCAAACCUCUGCAUCUCAGCGUUUGGCUUGCAGCGUGGGGCAAAAGAACCUUGUCCGGUAAUAAUACCCAUUACUCAGCUCACAUAUUUAAUCAGAGGAGUUUGGCAACUGCAGGACUGUCUUCCAUCCAGGAUCUCCCCUGGGAGUGGUGCCCUGCUAGAGCAGUGAGGAGGCAGCAGUAUCGUUUUACGUUUUCGUCCUCUUCGCUGAGGGCAGAUUGUCUUUCCCGCUGUACUCUGGUCCAUGGCUCUCUGCCCGUGGUACAUCAGGGCAGUGUCUGUCUUGCUUUCUGUCAGGCUUCCAGUGCUUUCUUCAUACACUGUGUCCUAUCCAAACAGAGGGCUUCACCAGGGCUGUCGGUUUGGCCUGGGCCCUUUGAUGAGUGGGACCUGAGGAAGCGGACGGUCUUAGGAUUCGGAGCUGUGCAUGGUGUCCAGGAUGACUCCUUAGCGCCAAGGCCAGUGUGGAGCUCAGAAAGUCUAACAGGCCACCUCGGCCCGGCACAGCGUGGGUUUAGGGGUUUGCUCCUGGGCCCUUCUGACUACCUGGUGGUGGCCGCGGGCGCUCCCGGAGGCCGCGGCGUAGCUCCUGAGUGAAGGUGUCUUUGAAGCGCGCAGCGCGGCGACCCAGGGAACCCGCGGGCCCAGCCGCGAGGGCGCGAAUGCGUCGGGCCGCGUCCUGGCCACGCAGCUGGGCCUGCAGCAGUGCGAAGGCGGUGAGCUGCGCCGCACGCCGGAUAGGCCGCGAUUCGGAGAGACGCUCCACCAGCUGAGGGCUGUGCAGCAGGGCCGCCAGCAGCCGCCGUAGAACCAUCCUCGGAGCGACUCGGAACCCGGAACACGCCGCUCUUGCUUCUGAUCGGCGACGUCAGACAAGGAACCACGUUUGCGUCGGCGCCGCGGAAUGACGACACUGCCGCGCUGGGAUUGGGUCGCGGGACCUUCACUUUCGGCAGCCGCCUUUAGUGCGUUUCCGGUUCCGCCACCGCCGCGGUGGCCGAAUUAUUCUUGGGGUGGAAGCGUCGUCGGCUAGGACUCUGCACUAUGUCGGGUGGCCUGCUGAAGGCGCUGCGCAGCGACUCCUACGUCGAACUGAGCCAGUACCGGGACCAGCACUUCCGGGGUGACAAUGAAGAACAGGAGAAGUUACUGAAGAAAAGCUGUACAUUGUAUGUUGGAAAUCUUUCCUUUUAUACAACUGAAGAACAAAUCUAUGAACUCUUCAGCAAAAGUGGUGACAUAAAGAAAAUCAUCAUGGGCCUGGAUAAAAUGAAGAAAACAGCGUGUGGGUUUUGCUUUGUGGAAUACUAUUCAAGAGCAGAUGCUGAAAAUGCCAUGCGGUACAUAAAUGGAACUCGUCUGGAUGACCGCAUCAUUCGCACAGACUGGGAUGCAGGCUUUAAAGAGGGCAGGCAGUAUGGCCGUGGACGAUCUGGGGGCCAGGUACGAGAUGAGUAUCGACAGGACUAUGAUGCUGGGAGAGGUGGCUAUGGAAAAUUGGCCCAAAACCAGUGAGUGGUGAAAGCCCCAUCAUGAAAAACUCACUCCUUUGGCCUGUUGAAUCUGAUGUGCAUUACCGAAGGUCUGCAAACCUGCCUGUUUUUACCAAGCUUUAAUCAAUGUUUCUACUGAGCCGGAAGCCUCUUCAUGGUUUUCCUCUUCAAAUUAUUAAAGGACAGAAUCCAAAAGAAUGCCUUUAAUUCUAUAGUGUUAGAAUCCUGUGUCAGAUUACCAGAAUGAUUUCUGUUACCAGGUCAAAAAAAUUGUGUUCCUUAGCAGCAUAUUUGGUGUAUAAUGUUGAUCCAUCAGCCAAAAAUAAUACACUUCUUUUAGGAAGAUUGGAAAAAGGAUUUAAGUGUUUACCAUGUUUGCAUCUAACUAGGUUCAUGGUCUUCUACCUUGAGACCUAGAAUUACUAUUUUAAAAUUUUUAAGUUUGCCUGACAUAAAGUUUAUUAAAGUAGAGCUUUGCUAGCUAUGUAAUGUAGCUUUGCAGUUAAAUUAGGAACUGGUAUUUGACAACUGAAUUUUUUUCCAUUUGAAUUCUAAUCUCUAAAGGCAAACUUAAGGAGUUCUUUUGUAGUGCGGUGGGUUGAGGAUCCAUCAUUGUCACAUGUCACAACAUUGCAGUGGCAUGGGUUCAAUCCCUGGCCCGGAAACGUCACAUGCCUCAGGUGCAAGUUAAAAAAAAAAAGGCAAACUUAAAGAGUCAAGAGAACUUCCUAAAUAGUGUAAAAAUGAUAAGCCGUAGUCCCAGGGGAUACCACCUGCUUACAUGCUUUAUAUAUCUGGAAAUCAGGUAUAGGACUUGAAGGGUAUUUACUAAACACAUUUUUCAAAAGAUGCAGUUUAGCUAAAGCUAAAAAAAAAAAAAAAAAAAAAAAAAAACCCAGGGUAAGUACUACAGGGAACUUCAAAUACUCUAAGCGCAGGGAGGACACCUUCAGUAGGAAAUAGGGUAAAAUAUCAGGAGACGAGUUAAAACAUUACCUUGAUGCGAAAGCUAAUGGUGAGAACCAUCCGUUUUUUUGUUUUUGUUUUUGUUUUUUGCUGUGUUCAUUGCAUGAGGAAGUCCCCUGGGCCAGGGAUUGAACCCAUGCCACAUCAGUGACAAUGCCAAGUUGAUCUUUAACCUGCUGAGCCACCAGGGAACUCAGAUUUUUUUUGUUUGUUUGUUUUUGUUGCCACCUGAUCUUGGGUAGUGGUUUAAAAAAAAAAUUUAAAAAAUGCUUCCCUCAGGAAAUAUUUUGGCCAGUUCUCACACUGAAAUCUGUUUUGUGUUUUCUGUGCUAAGUUUCAGAGUUCUUGAUUGUGAGCUGAUGGUCUUUAUGCAGAAGACAGUCUAGAGGAUUUAAUUUGCAUCUAUAAGACAAAAGAUAAUUUCUCUAAUAUGUGAAUUGCUACUCAUUUAUAAACUGCUAAUCUAGUAUAAUUUCCUGACAUAAGUGAAAUUUUUUUCAUCUAGCGGUAGUGUGUCUAUUUUCCAGUAGUUUGUGAAAUUGGGGCUCAGGUAUCUCAGUGUGAACAGCUUUCAUGUUACAGUAAGCGUGUAUUUCCUCAAAUUUAAACUACUUGAACUUUAAAAGAUAUCUAUAAAUUGGUUGUAUUUAGGAGUUCCCAUCAUGGGUCAGUGGAAACGAAUCUGACUGGCCUCCAUGAGGAUGCAGGUUCAAUCCCUGGCCUUGCUUAGUGGGUUAAGGAUCCAGCUUUGCCGUGAGCUGUGGUGUAGGUCACAGAUGCGGCUCGGAUCUGGUGUUGCUAUGGCUGUGGGGUAGGCCAGCAGCUACAGCUCAGAUUCAACCCUUAGCCUGGGAACCUCUAAAAAGACAAAAGACAAAAAAAAAAGUUUUUAGGAAACCACUUGCAAAUAGCUAAUGAGGACAUACAGUUCAUUUUUUAAAUCUUUUUACACUGUCUGAAUUAAUGUAUUUUAUAUUACUUUGCAGUAAAAGGUAACAGAUUUCUGUAGGCCUUAAAACCAGAGAGACCGGUCUCUUUUUGAAUUGUCUCCUGUAAUAGAUUUCAAUAAAAUUGGACCAACUUA